AUGACCCAUUACUUUUCCCUCUUUGUUUAUACCACCGUGUCUCCUCUAGCCGCUACCCAUUACUCCACCGUGCCUCCUAGCUGCUACCCAUUCCUCUUCCUACCCAACCUGUGCCUCCUUCUAGCCCACAACCCAUUGCUCCACCCGUGUCUCCUCCGUGUAUUCGCACAUAAGGAAUUUAAUUGCUCCCCACCGGCAUCCUCUGUUGGAAUUUACCCCACCGAGCCACUCGACCCAGUUUCGAUUCCUCAGUCCGUGUCUUCUCUAGCCAUUACCCAUUCCUCUACUUACCACCGUGUCCCUCUACCCAUUAUUCCACCGUGCAGCUCCCACCCAUUCCACACCGUGUCUCCUCUAGCUGCUACCUUACUAGCCGUGUCUUCUAUUACUCCCAUUACCGUGCAUCCUCUCUCUAGCCGCUACCCAUUACUCCACCGUGCCUCCUCUGGCCGCGCAUCCUCUACCGUUCAUCCUGCCCAUUACACCACCCCGCUACCCAUUAUUCCUCUGUGCGCUACCGUGCAUCCUCUGCUCCCACUAGCCAUUACCCCACCGUGCGUCAUCUCUAGCCGCCACCCAUUACCCCCACCGUGCAUCCUCCUAGCCGCUCCGCAUCUGCCACCUAUUGUUCUCCUCGAAGCCACUACCAUUACUUACCGUGCAUCCACUAGUUGCCACCCACAUUACCCAUCGCCGCUACUACCCAUUACCCCCACUGUGCAUUGCCCCAUGAAUCGUGCGCUGCUAUCUCUAGCCUUCUCUAGCCAUCACAUUACUCCACUGUGCUUCCGUGCUGAUUCUGGCCACUACCCAUUCUCUCCUCUAGCUACUACCCAUUGGCUACCUUAUGGCCCAUUACCCCACUGUGCAUCUUUCUACCCACCAAUUAUCCACUGUGUCGUCAGCUCUCUCCACUGCAUCCCUUACCCCCAUGAACUACCCUUCGUGCUCCUCCUCCAUUACACCACCCUGCUAUCCAUUACCCACCGUACUCCACCGUGCAUCCUAGCUAGUGCUGCCCAUUACUCCACUGUGCCUCCUCUAGCUGUAUCCAUUACACCACCGUGUACCCAUUACUCCACCGUGCCUCCUCUAGCCGCUAGCUCCUCUAGCCGCUACCCAUUGCCCCACCCUACUACCCACCCAUUGCUUCCUACUCCACCGUGUCCUCCUGUUAAUGGCCACUCCACCGCCGCCACCCAUUACUCCACCGCCACACCAAUUACCCACUGUGUCUCCUCUAGUUUACCCCACCGCCAUGAACUAACUGUUAGCUCCACCGUGCCUCCUCCCAUUACUCCACCCCGCUACCCAUUACCCUGCACCUGCAUCCUCUAUUACCCCACCGUCUCUCCUCUAGCUACUACCCAUUACCCAUUCUUUCUCCAUCGUGUUCCUCUAGCCGCUACCCAUUACCCCACCGUGCAUCCUCUAGCCGCUCCCAUGCCACUGUUUGCUAUCCAUUACGUGUCUCCUCAGCCACUACCCAUUACUCCACCCCGCUACCCAUUACCCCACCGUGCAUCCCUGUGCUCCCCACCGUGUCCUUCCUGCUAUCCAUUACACCACCGUGUCUCCUCUAGCCACUACCCAUUACUCCACCGUGUCUCCCUAGCUGCUAAGCACAUUACUCCACCGUGUCUCCUCUACCCCCAUUCCCCACCCCACUACCCAUUAAUCCACCGUGCCUCCUCUGGCUGCUAUCCAUUACCCACCUUGUCUCCUCUAGCUUACCCAUUACCCCACCGUGUCUCCUCUCUAGCCACUACAUUUACCCCACCCAUCCUAGCCGCUCCAUUACCCCACCGUGUCUCCUCUAGCCACCCCAUUACCCCACCCUGCCCUCAUUGCUCCACCGUGUCUCCACAUUAUCCAUUACACCACCGUGUCUCCUCUAGCCACUUACUCCACCAAAGCUUUAUAGCCGCUACCCAUUAUUCCACCUUGCAUCCUCUAGCCGUUACCCAUUACCCCACCGUCUCUCCUCUAGCCACUACCCAUUACCCCACCGUGCAUCUUCUAGCCACUACCAAUUACUCCACUGUGUCUCCUCUAGCCGCUACCCAUUACCCCACCGUGCAUCCUCUAGCCGCUCCCCAUGAAUCCACCGUGCCUCCUCUAGCUGCUAUCCAUUACACCACCGUGUCUCCUCUAGCCACUACCCAUUACUCCACCGUGUCUCCUCUAGCCGCUACACAUUACUCCACCGUGUCUCCUCUAGCCGCUACCCAUUACCCCACCGUGCAUCCUCUAGCCGCUCCCCAUGAAUCCACCGUGCCUCCUCUAGCUGCUAUCCAUUACACCACCGUGUCUCCUCUAGCCACUACCCAUUACUCCACCGUGCUUCCUAUAGCCGCUACCCAUUAUUCCACCUUGCAUCCUCUAGCCGUUACCCAUUACCCCACCGUCUCUCCUCUAGCCACUACCCAUUACCCCACCGUGCAUCUUCUAGCCACUACCAAUUACUCCACUGUGUCUCCUCUAGCCGCUACCCAUUACCCCACCGUGCAUCCUCUAGCCGCUCCCCAUGAAUCCACCCCACUACCCACCGUGUCUCCUCUAGCCGCUACACAUUACUCCACCGUGUCUCCUCUAGCCGCUACCCAUUACACCACCGUGCAUCCUCUAGCCGCUCCCCAUGAAUCCACCGUGCCUCCUCUAGCUGCUAUCCAUUACAAUUCACCGUCUGCUACCCAUUACCCCACCGUGUCUCCUCUAGCUGCUACCCAUUACCCCACCGUCCUUCUAGCCACUACCAAUUACAUUACUCCACCGCUGCAUCCCCCAGUGCCUCCCCAUUACUCCACUCCGCCCAUUACCCACCGUGCAUCCCUUCUAGCAAUCCAUUUACACCACUGUUACUCCACCGUGCAUCCCUCUAGUUAUUCACCUUGCUACACAUUACACCGUUCUCCUCUACUACCCAUUACCCCACCGUGUGUCUCCUCUGGCCGCUACCCAUUAAUCCACUACUGUGCUUCCUAUAGCCUCCUCUGCUAUCCCAUUACCCCCAUCUCCGUGUCAUCUAGCCGCUACUUAACCGUGUCUCCUCUACUACCCAUUACCCCACCCUUCCACCGUGUCUCACUAGCCGCUACCCAUUACACCACCGUGUCGUGUCCAUUACUCUCCUAUAGCUGCCCACUCCCCUUACUCCACCGUGCCGUUACCCAUUUACUGGCCACCCAUUCUCUACCCCGCUACCCAUUACCCCACCGUGCAUCCUCUAGCCGCCACCAUUACUCCAACGUGUCUCCUAUAGCCGCACCCAUUACUCUACCGUCCCUAUCCGCUACCCAUUACCCUCUCGUGCGUCCUCUAACCGCUACUCAUUACCCACCGUGUCUCCUUGCUCCCAUGCCUCCUCUGGCCGCUACCCCUUACUCCACCGUGUUCUCUAGCAUCCCACCGUGUCUCCUCUAG